AUGCUUUACUUUGCGGCCGAGGCAGGCCAGACCGAGGUCGUGAACAUGCUGAUCGAGCACGGAGCCGACCGGAACAUGCAGAUCGAGACGGGCGAGACGCCGCUCAUCGCCAGCGUGCUGCGCGGCCACCUCGGCGUCUUCAACGUGCUCAUGCGCGCCGGCGUCGACGUCAAUCUGGCCGACGAGGAAGGAUGGACGCCCCUCAUGUACGCG